AUGCUCACGGAAAAAUUUCUAGAUGAAUUCAAUUUAUUUGAUUCAAUCAUUACAACAAUGAAGAAUGACCCAUGUUGCGUUGAGGAUUAUAAGCCUAUCGUCGAAAACCUGAACCAAAUUUUUCAAAAGACGUUUAAUGAUCAAGAACAUAGGAAAUCAAUGGCUGACUCCCGGCUUUUUUGGGAACGACUAAGGGACGCAUUGGAGUCAAUGCUACUGCCGGUAUCGUUAAAUGAAGAUAGCUCAAUACCGUACACAAGAACAGUGAGAGGUCUUGUCUUAAUGAUGAGAAACCUUGCCGCUGAAAACCAGGAAAUUCCUCAAAAGCUUUUACUACAAAAUCUCGUAAUACGUGGUUUUCUGCAUGCAACUAGUGAGUAUGUUGUUGACACUCCACUAAUCAAGCAUCUAUACAUUGCAUGUUUAACGUGCCUUUAUAACAUGCAACAAAACUAUUCUACAGUAGACAUGACUACUUUCUCAGCUCUUUUACAAUUUUUUCAAUAUCCUUAUGGGGUCAAAUUCGAGGAGGGUGAAGAAGAAGAGCAUUUCUGGUUACCAUAUCUAUUUCUUUUCAAAACAUAUCUCAAUAAUGAUGAAUUUUCUAACGAAUUUUUCAGGGAUAAUGACACAUCCCAGAACGACUAUUAUUGCCUAAGGGAUAGAAUAUUUUUUGAUAUAGUAACAGCCAAAUUCAUCCGGGAUCAAGAGAACUCCUUUGUAAUUGAAAAGGGCAGGAACUAUCUGGAUGAUUCAAAACUGGAAAUCACACCUAUUGAUCUAUCUGUUUUAGAAUGUAUCAGCAAAAGUCUCACCGCUGCUUCUUUUGGUAAAUACCUUUAUGGAUUAGAGAAAAGACAACCAGAAAAAUUCACCAAUAUGUUGCAGAUAUUGCAAUUAAUUGUGACGAGCAAAGAAGAUUGGAAUAAAUACGAGUUAACCGCAAUCAUGUCAUGGUGCUAUCCGAUUUUGCAACGUCUUGCAUCCAACGAUAUCCCUGCUUUUUUCAAUAAAAAUGCUAACGAUUAUACCCCUUCAGUUGCUAUUCAAUUACAUUCCACUUUGCUGUCUUGUUUGGAUAUAAUUUCUGACUUGUGCAAAUUCGAUCAUGUAAGAAAAUUUUUAGUUUCCUAUGACUCUGUGAGAAUAUUAAUAUCACUGUUAGAUACUUUCCAGAAAAAUUUGUUGAGAAUUAAUUUCUUAAAGGGGAAUGGUGAGACGGUGAAUGACAUCAAAAUCACAGAUUAUCAAGGUAAUAAAAUCGAGGAUCGACUAUUAAUUUUUAACCGCGUUAAUACCAACUCGUCCUUCAUUAGGGCUGAUAAUUUUCCUCAUUGUAAAUUAGUAAUAAUUGAAAUAUUGGCAUCGUUGGUGUAUGCACAUCCUGAAAUCCAGGAUCAAAUAAGAGAAUUGGGGGGUCUUGCAUUAAUUCUUUCCAACUGUGUCAUCGAUGAUAAUGAUCCGUUCAUUAAGGAAAGGUCCAUCGUUUGUUUGAAGUUUUUGUUAAAAAACAAUGCCAAAAAUCAGGAAUAUGUAAAAAAAAUGGAAGCACAAGACGUUGUUCAAGAUGAUGCAUUGAGUAAAGCAGGUUUUGAAAUAUCAGUGGAAAAGGGCGGGAAAGUUAGGUUGGUAUCCAAAAAAGAAGACCCUGGGAACGAAAGUUCAGAGAUUAUUAGCAUAGAUGAAGAUUAA